AGAAUCCCUUUAUCUUCCACCGAACGAAUCGCAGUACUGAGCACAAAGCAGAAGGAAAACAAAAAAACUCUACAAUCAAUCGCCAUGGCUGAACAAGUGGAGCAAAACCAAGUGGAUCCCUUUGACGAAAUGAAGAAGGAGAAGCGCAAGAGAAAGAGGCUUAAGAAAGGGAAAGAGGCACCUGAAGAAGCUGGGGGGAAUAAGAUGAAGAAGAAGGCUAAGAAGCAAAAGAAGAGGGAGGAGAAUGACGAGGAACAGAGAGGGGAUGGUGGUGGUGGUGAGGAACUGAAGGAAGAGGAGGAGAAGAAGGUGAACAGUAAUCGUGGAGGGUCUGGGAUUAUGAGCACCGAACCCUUUGAAUCUUUAGGAUUGUCUGAAUCCACUUUCAAGGCUAUUAAGGAUUCGGGAUUUCAGCAUAUGACUCGGGAACAUGAUGAGAUUGGGGAGAGGAACCUACAUGCUGUUAGCACAGAAGAUGACAACAAGGAUGCCAAGCAGAAAAAGAAGAAGAAGAAGAAGAAAAAGAAGGAGAAAGCAGAAGAAAAUUGUGGUAAAGAUGCAGCAAUAACCAAGAAAGAUGGUAGGACCACUUAUGAGAAUUCUACACCUGGAGGAACGUCCAAGAGAGUAAGUUUCUCAGAUUGUGUGGAGGUUUUUACUCCGUCUGAUGGUCCAAUUGAUGGUGAUCAGGAUGACAACUUAAUACGUGGUAAAAGGUUUUCAAGAGAAGAAGAUGAGAUGGUUAAAAAGGCCGUUCUCAACUAUAUUGAAGUAAAGGGCUUAGGUGAUGAAGGCCUUAACAUAGUUCUCCACUGCAAGUCUCAUCCCGAUCAUAAAAAUUGUUGGAAGGAUAUAGGAGCAGCCUUACCUUGGAGGCCUUACAAGAGCAUAUAUUAUCGAGCCCAUAUUUUGUUUGAAAGGAGUGAAGAGCGGAAAUGGAGCAAUGAAGAGUAUGAACUUAUUCGAAGUUUCCAUGAAAAAAAUGGAUCAGAUUGGAGAAAGUUGGCCGAUGUUCUUGGCAAACAUAGGAUUCAUGUGAAGGAUACAUGGCGAAGAAUAAGAUUGCCUAAUAUGAAGAAAGGUCGCUGGUCCCAAGAGGAGUAUCAAAAAUUAUUUGACUUAGUUAACAUGGAUCUGCGCUUGAAGGUCUUUGAAGAAAAGAAAUCCAAGCACGGUAUGCUGCGAGAUAAUAUCGCCUGGGAAGCCAUUAGUGACAGUCUAUCCACCAGAAGCAAUGUCCUGUGCUGCCAAAAAUGGUAUUCCCAAUUAACAUCACCUAUGGUAGCUGAAGGUAUAUGGGGGGAUGCUGACGACUACCGCCUAGUGGAUGCACUUUAUGCCUUGGAUUGUUGCUGCAUUGAAGAUGUGGAUUGGGAUAAUCUGCUCGAGCAUAGGUCUGGGGAUGUAUGUCAAAAGCGUUGGGAUCAGAUGCUCAAACACAUUGGUGAGCAUGCCAACAAGUCAUUUCCUGAACAAGUCGAAGUCCUCUCAAAACGGUAUUGCACAGACGUACUUGAAGCAAGAGAGACCUAUGAUAGCAAGCCUGCAGUUUCGUGAGGGCAAUGCCGUUGUUAGGUGCGUGACUGCUGUUUGAUUCAUUAGUUUAAAAGAGUAUCUUUCCCCCUUUCCAUAUGCAUCCAACGGUACUGUUUUCUCCUGUUAAAUUCAAAUUUCAGGUUAGUGAUGCUCUGACACAGUUAUAAACAUUUAAUUUCAGGUUAGUGAUGCUCUGACAUAGUUAUAUAACAAGUCCGUCCAUUGACUUUUUGGCCAAA